AUGUGUUUGCUCGAUGGUUCAGUACUUCACGCAGUAUCAUCUUCAUCAUUACAAGAUGAUGAUGAUGCACAACGUCAGUUAAACACUUUUACAUCUGAAGCUCUCAAUGCACCAACAUCUGAUGCUUUUCCUGCUGCUGUUGUUCAACAUCCAGCGACUGUUUAUACGGGCUAUUCAGUCGAUCACAUGACAUUCAGAUGGAGGCAGUCGCAAGACUUGUGCGUUCAGAAUCAAACACAUGCACGUGUAGACUUUCCAGUAAAGGGGAUUGUUGAGCCACUGCAUGAUGCUUGUCCUAUAGCAUCGUCGUUGUUACCAAACACCAACAAAUUGAAAGAAAGCAAGGAGACAAUGCUGAGUCAAGCAUCUCUCACUGAUAGUAACAAACUUUUGUUGUUGAGCAAAAUGCUGGCAAAACGUAAAGAAGAGCUUGUUCAAUCGUUGAAGAGAAAGAAGGCAGCACUUGGUUGGCAACGUCGUGGAGUGCAAGGUAGAAAUCGCUGGAAAUUUGUAGAGAAAAGGAAUUGUAAAGAGAGUUUUACGUUUGAAGGUGAGAAUAAAGUUGGAAAAAUGAGUGAGAGAGACAUCACAGCAUUGAAUCGCCGACUACUGCACGCAGCGAAGAGACAGUCACGUUAUGAGGUUGAACGUCUUUUGGAUGUUGGAGCUGAAGUGAAUGCGUGUGAUAGUCUUGGAACUACUGUACUGAUAAGAGCUUGUAUGAAUGGCUCUAAGUCAUUAGUUGAGCUUUCGUUGUCUAGAGGGGCAGAUGUGAACAGAACUGAUAAAUGGGGUUUCACUGCUCUAAUGUUGGCAGCAUGGGGGGAUCAUGAUGAAAUCGUUGAAAUUCUAUUAAAAUCAAAAGCAAAUGCUGAACUGAAGAAUGAGCGUGGUAAGACAGCAUAUGAACUGGCUGGCAAUGCCAAAGUUAAAAGACGACUGAGGAAAGCAAUGGAUGAACAGAAGUAUGCUGUUCUGUAUGCCGAAGGCACAGUGAGACCAGAAAUCAUGAAAUUGUGUUUCAUUGGUAAAGAAGGAGCAGGAAAGACGACACUCAUGGAGGCUCUCAAACGAGGAUGGUUAGAAUGGGCUUUCUUUGCAAAUGAGAAGAAACCAGAUGACCCAAAAUGUGAAGAGGAACGCACAAUUGGUAUCAACGUGAUGACAGUCGAUAUUCCAGGAGUGGGUCGCUUGUCAGUGUGGGACUAUGCAGGUCAAGGGCAGUUCCACAAAACACACGGCCUUUUCUUUUCCUCCAACUCAAUCUUCAUCUUGCUAGUGAGUCUAGUGAGAGGAGAGGAGAGACGACUGUGCAGUGUUGAGGAGUUGCUAGAAGAGCUUCAGUAUUGGCUCUCAUUUCUCAGAGCCAGUUUGGAUGCAGAGUUUAUACCCACAGUGUUGAUAGCUGGCAGUCACAUAGAUUACUGUCCAGGGCGUCAGGGUGUCUUGCAGCGUGUGGUCGACGACAUGCGUGAGCUGUUCAAAGGCAAGAUCAACAUCAUUGAAGUUUGUUUUGUUCUCGACUGCAGGAGGAGCUGGACAUCUGAAAUACAACAACUAAAGAAAGUUCUUUGUGAUGUGAAAAGGAGUCUUCAGCAGUCUGCUCCUCUGUAUCCUCGUCUUUGUCAGCCAGUCGUGUCCAAGUUGCUUCCUUCUCUUCGUAAGAAACAAGAAGAUCUGUUCAUGGAGAAGGCAACACUCAUGGAGAGGAUCGAGCAGGAAGCAUGUCCAGGACAAGAGAAGAAGGUUGUAGAGAAGGUAGUUGAUUUUUUAGAUGAUUCAGGAGAGAUUGCUGUUGCCGGUGAUGUGGCAGCUCUCAAUCCUGCAUCUCUACAUCAUUAUGCCAUCGGUCCUCUCAUUGCUUCUGAGGAUUUUAAGUGGCAUGUCAGGUCAAAGAGGAAGGAUGGUACAGUAACAAGAGAAGAAGCAGAAAAGGCAAUCAAUCAUUUCCGAAGAGAUAAGAAGAUUCAAGUUCAACUCAACACAGAUAAAGUUCUCGCUAUAAAUGAAUGUCUUGAUAUCUGCUUCAAAGUGGAAGGCAGAGACGACACGUACAUGUUUCCAGCUCUCUUGCCUCCUAAGGAUCUGUCUGUCAUGUGGAAGAGAGACGAGAGUAAGAAAGUGUAUGUCGGUCGUCGUCAAGUGUGCAGCAGUGAGACGACCAUCUUCAGUCCAUCUGCAUUUGGCAUGUUUCAAUCUAGAGUUCAUACGACGUUAGAUACAGAAGCAAGGCUGUGGAGGAAUGGACUGAUUGUAUCACGAGGUGAUUCUAUUCAUUGUUAUGUUGAAUGUUUGGUUGCCAUGGUAGAUCCUGUUCGUUCUGUCGACUUUGUAUGUCGUGGAGGUAAGGCAACAGAAUUAGAAUGUGUUUCCCUACUCGACACUGUCAUGUCUCUUUGGAGAGAUACGUUAGACAGAUACAGUCCAGGCACUGAAUAUGAGACUGGAUAUCUGAGCAGAAAGCAUUUAGAGGAACACAAAGAACUGAAACAAGUUGCUGUCUAUGCUGAAGAGAAAAUUCAGGAAGCCAAAGCAACAAGUAAAGGAGCAAGUGCUGCUGUAAAACAAGUAGUUGGUGAUGAUCUGAUGGUAGAAAGUCUUGAUGACUUGCUGGUCAUUCUAGCCUCCAAUAGAAUGUUGACCACUGCAGUUGUCCAUCCCAGUGCAGUAGUGGCAGCUGUCAGUAAGCACGGUUCAUCUCAAUGGUAUUUAUUUGGACAUAAAUUAGGUUUCAGUCACCACGAAAUUACUUCGUUAUGUCAUGACAAAGCGACUGCAGCUUCUAAAUUAUUUGCAAUUAUUCAAGUGAAGACUGAACAAGUUGGUGAUGUGAAGAUUGAUGAUCUGCUGUUGGAGAUAUGUGGACUGUUGCCAAGUAGAAUUGAUGGUACAGUCAAAGAGGAGCUUGGAAUCCCCACAUGACUGUAGGAUAUCGGGUGGAUAUUUAUCAACACUAUAAUAGG